AUGUAUGGUGGGUGUGGUGUGGUGAUGACGGUGGUUGUUAUAGAUGUUGAAGGGGCGGUGGAGGGUAGUGGCAGUUUUGGUACUGACUAUAGUAAGUUUAGUGGUGGUUUACAUGAGAGUUAUCUGUUUUCGAAGCUGUGUAACCUGGUGGUUUAUAUGAGUAGUAGUCGUGAGAAGGUUGAUAAGGUGGAUUCGUGGUUUUUGGAAUCGUAUUGGAAAAAUGCAGGUCAGGCUGCUACCUCUGUGGCACAUAUAAAGGAGAGAGCGGCUAGAGAUGAGGAGGCUCUGUUGGUGUUUAGUGGUAGGGGAGACGCAUUCAACGAUUCAACCGGGAGGAUGGCUUUUUAUAAGUUUGUUUCAACGCUUACUUCCGAAACUUUGGUUAUACCUGCUCGGUUUUCUAAGAAAUGGUUAUCAUCUGCAAUUGGUGAUACAGGGUUUUUUACAAACCUCUGCAUAGGAUUCAAGAAGACAGUUAGUCAUGAAAAUAGAAGUCGAGCAACCCGCCAAAAGAUUCUUAACAGAGUUUGGAAUGAUGAUGGUUUUGAGCAUGUGAGCUACUCCAUCAUCAACCUUCAGUUAAUCUCCAUUCGGACGUUCUUCUACGUUUUUCUGUGUGGUGCUGAAAAAAUGCGGAAAAGGUUGAAACAAGUAUCUUCAUCUUCUCCUGGACUUCCAAAUCACGGCGUCAAUAAUGAAUGUUUAGGUACUCCGUUAUCUAACAUUACGAAUGUUGACGAGGCCAGACGUAGACGAAAGUUAAGAAAAAUAUAUCUUGAUAAUAAGAAAUCAAGAUCUACUUCAACACCAACGAAUACCCAAUUGAACAUACCGGCUUCGUUUUCGUUACAAUUUUCUACUUUAGCUGAGUCAAGUAUGUGUGGUGGUGAACAAAUGCGUAAUAGGUUGAAACAAGUUACUUCAUCUUCGCCCGGUAGGCCAAAUCAUGGCGUCAAUAAUGAAUGUUUAAGAACUCCGUUAUCUAACAUUACGAAUGUUGACGAGGCCAGGCGUAGACGAAAGUUAAGAAAACUAUAUCUUGAUAGUAAGAAAUCAAAAUCUACUUCAACACCAUCGAAUACACAAAUGAACAUACCGACUUCGUCUUCCUUACAAGUUUCAAAUGAUUAUCUUAGAGUUGUCGAGGCUAAACACAUGCGUAAGUUAAGAAAACUAUACCUUGAUGGUAAGAGAUCAAGUAUUACUCGAAAAAUGGUUCCUUCCAAAGGGGAAGCAUCAUCUUCAUCAGGAAGACGAAUCAUUUUUACCGACAAAGAGAAUUUACCACCGAAUUCAUCAAUCACAACGUUUUGUAAUGAUUUCAAUUCAUCCGGUAACUUAACAUCUUCCAUGAUAACACGCUCAACUUUGAAGAAGAACGAAAAUGUACCGCUAGACUCUUAUACAACACCCCAGCGUACACCGUUUGCAAACAAAGAAAACGUAACACCAGGAACUAUUUUGAAUUUUGCUGGGAAAGCAACGUCUUCAUCCAGAGCCUUUUCGAAUUUGAAUAGGAAGACAAACGUAUUGCAAGAGUCUUCUACAUCAACACAACGUACCCAGAUUGCAAACAAAGAAAACAUAACACCAGCUUCGUGUAUCACAACUAUACGUUCACAAUUUCCUAAUGUCUCACAGUUUACUAAUGCUAUGUCUUCUUUGAAUCGUAUCUCUCCUGAUAAUAUUGCAAGCUCAUCAACUUUACCAUUGAAUGAUUGCUAUUCUAUUUCUCCAAGGAUUGUCAACAAACGCAAUGCAUCUUCUUUGAUCACGGAAGUGUCUUCAUUAAAAAAGAUGUCUUCUGGAAAACGUAGAAUUAUUCAUAAACCAAUCGAAAUAGAACCCAUACCAAUGGCUGAUCUUGACUCUGACGAUGUAAAUCAUGUUCACGAAUGUGUUAUAGACAUUACCAAAGGCACAUCUAUAGAUUACCUUGACCAUGGUGAUCAAUCUCUCACUUGUGGAAUAUGUUAUGGAAAGUUAUGGCCAACCGAAGGUGGAAAGGGUCGGAUUACACUUGAACAACAAACAUAUGGUUUAUGUUGUGGUUAUGGUAAAGUUGACCUACCUGAUUAUAAAGAUUCUGAUCCAGCUUAUCAGAUGCUUUUUCUAUGUUCAGAUUCAGAAAGCAAAUUUUUCAUGAAGAACAUAAGACGUUACAAUUCUAUGUUUUCCUUUACAUCCAUGGGAGGAAAAGUAGAUACUAAAAUAAACAAAGGUAAUGCACCAUUUGUUUAUAGAAUCAGCGGUCAGAAUGCACAUAGUCUGGGGAGCCUUCUUCCUAAACCCGGAAACAAACCAAAAUUUUCACAGCUUUAUAUCUACGAUACCGAGAAUGAACUUUCGAAUAGAACAACGUUAUUUGGGGAUUCGACAACUCAGUCAUCGUCAAAAGAAAGGGCACUUGACGCUAAAUUUAUAAAGUAUCUUACCGACAUGUUAGAUUCUCAUAAUAUGUUGGUAAAAACUUAUAGGAUGGUACGAAACCAUAUUCAUGAGAAUCCUAACGUUUCACUUAAGCUUCGGUUAAUUUCACAGAGAGAUCGGGACGGUAGGACUUACAACUUACCUACGUCUUCUGAAAUUGCUGCUUUAAUUGUCGGCGAUAUGGAUAAGACGAUAGAUCAUCGUGAUAUUAUUGUUGAAGAGCAGUCAGGAGUUCUUAAACGUAUUAGCGAGCUACAUCCUUCCUACCUUGCUCUACAGUAUCCAAUUCUUUUUCCGUAUGGUGACGAUGGCUAUAGGAUUAACAUUCCGCAUAGGGAUUUUGGUCCUAACACAAAGAAGACACGGCCAAAUUGUACAAUGAGAGAGUUUUUUGCUUAUAGGAUUCAGGAUAGGGACAACAAGUUCUCUUUAAUCCUUAAUGCCAGGAGGUUGUUUCAGCAGUUUUUAGUCGACGCAUACACAAUGAUCGAAAAUGAGCGGCUAAACUACAUACGGUUUCAGCAAACAAAAUUAAGAUGUGAAUCGUUUAACAGUCUUAAAAAUGUUCAAGAAGGUGGCCAGAGUGAUUUGUCUCAUACAGGAAAACCUGUUAUAUUACCGUCAUCGUUUACAGGUGGAUCUCGCUAUAUGAUGCAAAACUACCUGGAUGCUAUGGCUUUAUGUAGGAAGUAUGGGUAUCCCGAUUUCUUUAUAACAAUUACAUGUAAUCCAAAAUGGCCUGAAAUGGUAAGGUUUAUCGGUGACUCAUCAAUUAAGCCAGAAGACAGACCUGACAUUCUUUGUCGAUUGUUUAAGAUGAAACUUGAUGCAUUAAUAAAAGACAUGAAGGAAAAAAAGAUUUUUGGUGAUAUUAAUGCAGUUGUUUAUACUGUCGAGUUUCAAAAACGUGGUUUGCCACAUGCGCAUAUAUGCUUAUUUAUGAAAGCUGAUCAUAAGCUUCCUACUGUUGAACACAUCGAUCCAUUUAUCUCAGCUGAGAUUCCUGAUAAGAAUGAAGAUCCUGAAUUGUAUUCUCUUGUGAGUGACUUUAUGAUUCAUGGUCCUUGUGGACACGCUAAUUUGAAAUGUCCAUGCAUGGUUGGCAACCGUUGUUCUAAAAAUUUUCCAAAGAGGUUUAUGGAAGCUACUUCCAUUGAUUCAGAUGGAUUUCCCAUUUAUAGAAGAAGAGAUUCGGGUCACACAGUUGUGAAGAAAGGACCAGACAGAGCGACUGUUGUUGUUGUUGAUUCAGAUAAAGGAACUGAAGAGGAGAUCCCCAAAGAUGAAAUUAAAGAAUAUUAUGAUGCUAGAUAUGUUUCCGCAUGCGAAGCAAGCUGGAGAAUAUUUGCCAAUGAGGUUCAUUAUAGGUAUCCGUCUGUUAUGAGAUUACCUUUUCAUCUUCCAGACCAACAAAAUGUUGUAUUCAGUGGUGAAGAUGAUAUCGAAGAUGUCCUAAACAAACCUCAAGUAAAUUCCUCAAUUUUUCUAGGAUGGAUGAACAUGAACAACAACGAUUCUGAACCUGAAGCAAGGGAACUUACUUAUGUUGAGUUUCCAGGAAAAUAUGUCUGGAAGUUAAAGGAUCGGUGUUGGCAGCCGCGUAAAACUCAUGUUUCAGUUGGGAGAAUUUAUUCUGUGUCUCCUUCUCUUGGUGAGGCUUAUUUCCUAAGAAUUCUUCUAACUAAGGUUAGAGGACCACGAUCCUUUGAAGAAAUCCGAACCUAUGAUGGUGUUAUCUAUCCUACCUUUAGAGAUGCGUGUUAUGCACGUGGGCUGUUAGACGAUGACAAUGAAUAUAUUGAGUGUAUUAAAGAAGCCAGUUUCACAGGAAAUGGUAAUUAUCUGCGUUGUUUAUUUGGUACACUACUAUUGUCUAAUACGCUAUCAAGACCUGAAGUUGUUUGGGAUAAGACGUGGGAGUUUUUGUCCGAAGACAUUUUAUACAAUAUGCGGAAGGAUACUGACAUUAGAGGAUUGGUUGUUUCAGACGAACGUAUAAAGAAUAUAACGUUGUCUAAAAUUGAAAAAUAUCUUCUUCGUAAUGGUUCAAGUUUGCGCAGAUUCUCACCAAUGCCUGUUCCUGACGAUGACUCUUUAAAUGAUGAUCAAAGAGCAGUGUUUAACGAGAUUAUGGAUGCUGUUCGAAGUGGGAAUGGCGGUGUUUUUUUUGUGUACGGUUACGGUGGUACAGGUAAGACCUUUCUGUGGAAAACAUUAGCUGCUUGCAUUAGAUGCAAUGGACAGAUUGUUAUUAAUGUUGCUUCAAGUGGUAUUGCAUCAUUGUUGUUGUCACGAGGUCGUACGGCUCAUUCACGAUUUCAUAUUCCAAUUAAUCUUAAUGAAGAUUCGGUUUGCCAUAUUAAACCUAAUACUGAAAUCGCUAAUCUUCUAAACGAAGCCAAGUUGAUUAUUUGGGAUGAAGCGCCAAUGGUACACAAACAUGCUUUCGAGGCUCUUGACCGUACAUUGAAAGAUGUUUUGAGUGUUGGUGAUUCACGAAAUUCUGAAAUUCCAUUUGGUGGAAAGGCUAUUGUCUUUGGUGGUGACUUUAGACAAAUCCUACCGGUUGUUCAAAAUGGAAGCAGGCAAGACAUCGUACACGCCUCUUUAUGUUCAUCCUACAUUUGGUCGAGUUGCAAGGUGUUAAAAUUGACAAGGAACAUGCGUUUAUCUGUUGGAGCCAGUAUCUCAAACAUACAGGAGAUACACGAGUUUGCUAAAUGGCUUCUUGAAGUUGGCGAAGGCAAUGUUGGUGAUGGUAACGAUGGCGAGGCAACUAUAGAAAUACCAAACGAUCUUUUAAUAACUGAUUCAACUGAUCCAAUUCAAAGUUUGAUCGACUUUGUAUAUCCUUCAGUUCUUGACCGUUUUAAAGAUCGAGACUACUUUUCUGAAAGAGCCAUACUCGCGCCUAAGAAUGAAGUUGUUCAUGGUAUCAAUGAUCGUUUGCUUGCAUUGUUUCCUGGUGAAGAAGUAGAGUAUCUUAGCUCGGAUAGUAUAUGCCCGACUGAGGAAAUCAAUGAUCCAUUACACCAAGAUUUAUAUAAUCCUGAGGUUUUAAACAGUGUGAAGGUUUCAGGAUUACCAAAUCAUAGAUUGGUAUUAAAGUUGGGUGUUCCAGUGAUGCUUUUGAGGAAUAUUGAUCAGCAAAACGGUUUAUGUAAUGGUACGCGUCUUCAAAUUACACGUCUUGGUAAACGUGUUAUCGAGGCUGAGAUAUUAUCAGGAGGUAAUGUUGGUUUAAGAACUUACAUUCCAAGAAUUAACAUGAUACCGUCUGACAAGAAAAUACCCUUCAAGUUUCAACGGAGGCAGUUUCCAAUAACCGUAUGCUUUGCGAUGACUAUUAACAAAAGUCAAGGACAAUCUCUAUCAAGAGUCGGUCUUUACUUGAGAGACCCUGUAUUUUCACAUGGCCAAUUGUAUGUUGCGUUGUCGAGAGUGAAGACUAAAGAUGGCGUCAAGCUUUUAAUAUUUGACAAGGAUGGGAGGCCGACAAAUAAAACGACGAACGUAGUUUACAAAGAGAUCUUUGGGAAUUUGUAG